AUGUCGUCGGGAUUGACGAGACGCCGCGGAGCGGGUGGCGGCGCGGCUAACGAUGAGACCAAUGGUGUCAAUCGAUCCAACUCUGCCCAAAAUGUGCGCGACAGCGCCCCCGAGACGAGUUACGAGAAUAGCGAGAAUGGCCACAAGAUUGCCUUUGAUCCGCGCGACAUCAGCGAAAGCGCCGAGAGGAGUAAACAGCCUAAGCUUACCCUGAUGGAGGAGGUCAUACUACUGGGACUUAAGGACAAGCAGGGUUACCUCUCAUUUUGGAACGAUAACAUCAGUUAUGCUUUGCGCGGUUGUAUCGUCCUCGAGUUAGCUUUCCGCGGUCGCAUCAGCAUGCAAAAAGAUCCAUCUAGACGGCGUUUUCCUCUAGCCGACCGUGUGAUCGAAGUCGUUGACGAUACCCUAACGGGAGAGGUCUUACUCGACGAGGCUUUAAAGAUGAUGAAGCAAAGCGAGAAGAUGAGCGUCAGCUCCUGGAUCGACCUGAUGAGCGGAGAAACCUGGAACCUCAUGAAGAUCGGUUACCAACUGAAGCAAGUUCGUGAGCGCCUUUGCAAAGGCCUCGUUGACAAGGGCAUCCUCCGCACCGAAAAACGUAACUUCUUGCUCUUCGACAUGGCCACCCACCCCGUAGCGGAUGGUGGUGCAAAAGACGAGAUUCGACGGCGCGUUAGAAACGUUCUAACUCAGCGUACCGUUGUUCUUCCCGCUUCCCAGUUCCUCCCCGAGAACCUCGAGUUCCGAUAUAUCCGUACUAUCUCCAUGGUAUGCGCCGCCUACGCUGCCAACGUCCUAGAAAACGCGCUUAGCACCUUGGGUCAUGAGGCUCGAGAGCGCGCUUUCACACAGACGGACGAGCUACUCGCCGAGUACUCCCAGUGGCCCUUUGGCAAGAAGACUACCACCACUGGGAUCGGAGCUAACCUUCCCCAAGUCAUUUCCGAUGAAAUCAAUACUGCCAAGGAUAAGGAAUUGCAACUUGAAGUUGUUGCCGCGUGCUUGAGCGUGUUCACUCGCCUUGAUUCACUACUGUAG